CUCUUCUAUUUUUCCUUCAACUGUUUAAUACGAAAGUUUUUAUUAGUUCUACUGCUUGAACUUAAUUUCAGUUUGCUUCGAUUAUUCAAAUCAGUCGUAAAUAAUAUGAGUGUCACCUCACCGGAUAGUGUUUUUAUUGCCCGUUCAGAAGGUAUCUCCGCGGAAGGAGUUCGUGACCAAUACGCGGACGGUAGGGCCGCUAAAGUAUGGGAAAUUUUCAUCGGUGAUAAAAACUCACGUACCGAUAAUUAUAAAAAAUUUUUAAUAAAUUUGUUAAAGUCUAAGAACUGUAAACGCAUUUUGGAUGUUGCCUGUGGCACUGGUGUCGAUUCGAUUAUGUUAUUGGAAGAGGGUUUUGAAGUUGUCUCAGUCGAUGCUUCUGAUAAAAUGUUAAAAUACGCUUUAAAAGAGCGUUGGAAUCGCCGAAAAGAGCCAGCCUUUGAUAGAUGGGUCAUUGAAGAGGCCAAUUGGCUAACUCUCUAUAACGAUAUAAACGAAUUCAUAGGAAAAGGUUUUGAUGCUGUCAUAUGUUUAGGCAAUUCCUUCGCCCAUUUGAUGGAUUCUAGCCCUGAGCAACGCGAGCACAAGAAAGCCAUUCGAAAUUUCGAAAAAUGCCUUAGGCCGGGUGGCAUGCUUCUGAUUGACCAUCGUAAUUAUGAUAACAUCUUAGAAACUGGUUCGACACCUGCCAAAAGUCUGUACUAUAACACAAGCCAUACUGCUGACAUUAAAACAUCUGUUCUGUUUUAUUGCGGAAAACCGGCGAUGGUGACAAUGGACUACGUGAUUGAGGCCAAUAAUUUGACAAGUGAGUUCCGCUUAUCGUACUAUCCGCACGAAUUAAAACGGUUCAGCGAAAUUCUGAAGGAGAUAUUUGGUUCUAAAGCUAAACAUCAAUUGUUCGGCGAUUUUAAGAGUCUGAAUGACAUUAAAAAUCCCGCAUUUUAUAUUCACUUAAUCGAAAAGAAUUUAAAUUAAUUGCACACAGACGAAUAUUACAAUAAUCCUAUCAGAAAGCUUUUGAUAUGUUACGAUUAUUGAUUAAUAAUUGAAAGCAGCGCCCGCGUUCUUUUAUUAAAUUUAAUUAAUUGCAUUUGUUAUAUACGCACCUCUGCAAAGGGAACAUUUAUCAUUUGUUUUCUAAUUCUUUUAUUUCAUUUCUACUUUGCAUAAUUUGCAUAGCGAAUAAAAAAAGCGACCUGCGA